GGUGCCGGGACGCGGAAGACCCGCGGCCUGAGGGAGGCUCCCGCCUCCGAAGCGUGGGAGGCCGCAGGUUGUAGAUUUUGGUCUUGGACCCAACAGGUUCCCUGGGGCCAUUAGAACUCGAGAGAGGAAAAGGAGGCACUGCGGGGGCGGCUGAGGGGCAGAACCCCCAUCUGUCCUCGAGACGAGAGGGCGGAGGGAGGGAAGAAGCACUCAUCCCAAGCUGAGAAGCCUCCGGGACCGGGACCCAGAGCAUGGGGGGCAGGACCGGGUCCCGGAGCAUGGGGGGCUGGAGCCGCCGGGGCUGCCCGGCCGGGCCGGGCCCUUCCUGACUGCCAGCAACUCGGUGUUAGCGCUGUCAGGGCAGCCGCAGCGCGUGUACCCGGGCCCCACUUGAGGUUGACGGCCAGCAAUAUAGCAGCAUGAGUUCCACAGCUGCCUAGUUUCCUCCCCCUCCUUCUCCCUCUCUCCUGCUCCUCCUUCCUCUAUCCUCUUCCCCACACCUACUCCUCCUUUCCUACCCCGUUGUCCUCCUUCCUCCCUCCUUCUCCUCCUCCUUUCUUCCCUUUUUCUUCUUCCUCCCAUUUUCCUCUUCCUUUCCCCCUCUGCCUUCCUCCUUUUCCAUCUCUCCUUUUUCCCUCUCUCCCUCUUUUUCUUUUCUCUCCUCCCUCCAUCCUUCUGGUCCUCCCACCAACCCUCUCUUCCCUCCAUUCUCCUCCUCCCCCGCUUUUCUGCUCCAUCCUCUUCCUUCAAGUUCCAUCCUCCUUCAGCUCCCUCACCAUCCUCCUGUCUUCCUCCUCCUCCUUUCCUACUUUUCUCCGCCCCCAGCCCCCGCCCCUAAGCCUCCGCCCCUUAGCCCCCGCCCCCAGCUGCUAGUCCCCAGCAGCUCAGUCCUGCAGUGAGAGUCUUGGGAGUUCACAGCUAAGUACCAGGAGCUGAGCACUGUCUGCUGUGCCUGCCUGCAAGUUCUGGACAUGGCUCAGGAGAAAAUGGAGCUGGACUUUGAGCCUGACACAUCUGAUGGGGGCACCCUGAGGAGAUCCAACAGCGCUCCCCUGAUCCAUGGGCUCAGUGACCUUUCAGAGGUUUUUCAACCAUAUACAUUUAGAACUCGGAGAAAUAGUACAACCAUUAUGAGCCAUCACAGCUCAUUGCUGUCAUCCUCACCCAGUCGUAUUCCUAGUAGCAGACUGCAUCAAAUCAAAAGGGAAGAUGGGGUGGAGGUGGUGAACAGGGAGACCGCACAUGAAAGGGAAGUGCAAACAGCAAUGCAGAUAAGCCAAUCAUGGGAUGAGAGCUUGAGCCUGAGUGAUAGUGAUUUCGAGAAGUCGGAGAAAUUAUAUUCUCCCAAGAGAAUUGACUUCAUUCCAGUUUCUCCAGCACCAUCACCCACCAGAGGGUUUGGAAAGUGUUUUUCACCAUCCUUACAAAUGUUUGUGAGUAGCAGUGGAUUACCGCCAAGUCCUGUUCCUAGUCCAAGACGAUUUUCGAGCAGGCGGAGUCAAAGUCCAGUCAAGUGCAUUAGACCCAGUGUCCUUGGUCCUCUUAAAAGAAAAGGUGAAAUGGAGACAGAAAGCCAGCCCAAGAGACUCUUCCAAGGCACUACCAACAUGCUGUCUUCUGAUGCUGCCCAGUUGUCUGAUCUCAGCUCAUGUUCAGAUAUUUUGGAUGGCAGUAGUAGCAGCAGUGCCUUGUCCUCAGACUCCCUGGCUAAAGGCAGCACUCCCGCGGAGUCUUCAGUAGCAUGCUCCAAUUCAUGCUCCUCGUUCAUCUUGAUGGAUGAUCUCUCACCCAAGUGACUUAACCAUUUCUGAUUCAGCGUUGUAACUGCUGUUUCCUAUAGAGCACAUUUACUGAGAAACACAGAGAGCUUUGAUCCCGAAUGAGGAUUAAAGUUUUACAGCUUUAUUAAACUGUUUGGGUGGAUGCCGCUCUCUCUCGGCAUCUUUUCUCUAAAGUCCAAUUCUGCAAGUGUAUUGACCUUACUAAUGUCUGUUUUUGCUGAUCUCCCUUUGGAUUUAGUGACAAAUCUCAAAUACUCAUUUUUGAUUGCUUAGAGUCUGCUUUUUUUUUUUUCUUGGGGCCUCGAGGGCACCUAUUUUAGAGCCUAUAAGUUUAAGGAAAGUACUGAGACAUAUUUUUGAUCGUGGUUCUUUUUCCCAGCAGUGAUAUGACAGGUAGAGUUGAUCAGAAAUUCUCUUGCUUGAGAGAUUUUUUUUGUUGUUCUCUGUCGACUACAUCGUAUCAAGUCUCUUUAAUUCACAAUAAUUAGAAGACUUGCUUUUGAUUAUAUUAGGCUUUUUCUUUUUCUGCAUCAGCUUAAAGUACAUUAUUUCGUUUCCCUUUCCCGUUUGAGCUGCUUACUUGCCAUUUCUCACAGAGGGGAAGAAACGCAUAGUCGCUUUCAUUACUAUUCACGUUGCUUCUUUGCCGUUGAAGUGUCUGAAGCGAGGAUUGAUUUUAGCGUUGUGAAUGUAAAUGGACGUACAGGCUGCCUGGAGUAGUCACCACAGAUUCUUAUGACUUAGCUACCACAGUUGAUACUUUUCUCCCCCAACCUGUUGCCCUGAGGAAUAUGUAAAAUAUUGUUAAUAUUUCUAGGUGGUGUUAUCAAGGAGAAGAAAUUCCUGCCUUGACCAGAUGUGUGGAACAUCUACAAAUGAAUGAAUAAUGUUAUUUACACCCAAACCACUGUGUAGAAAAGCCUACACGGAGCUGUCGGUGUCUCAGGUGGUGGUAUGAGGCCGUAGGUGCCUUUGGGUGCACUGUCAUGCUGUAAGGGAUGUGUAUCAUAAGGUAGGGUGGAAAGGGGGGCUUUCUGUGUGUGAUUGCCACAUGCUGUUUCGAUUGCUGCUUUUUCGGUUUACUUUUUGUCAUUGGACUCGCUUGUUUUGUCGUGUGGUGAUUGGUGCUGCUCUGACUGUGCUUUGGUUAUUGCGUUGCCAUCAGAAUGGAAGUCCAGUUCUUGCGCCUGCUGCCUGAUGGUUGGGGCCAUUUAAUAUGUAGGAGGAGUCUUUUACGAGCUCAAAAAUUUCAACGUUUUGUGCAUUCUGCUUUUAAGAAGCUGUUUGAACUAUGAACAAGGAGCCCUUGGUGGUGCAGCAGUUAAAGCACUCAGCUGCCAAUCAAAAGGUUGGCAGUUCGAACCCACCAGCCGCUCUGUGGGAGAAAAGACCUGGUGAUCUGCUUCUGUAAAGAUUACAGCCUUGGAAACCCUGUGGGGCAGUUCUACCCCGUCCUGUAGGGUUACCAUGAAUUGGAAUUGACUCAACGGCAGCAGGUUUGGGGUUUUUGGUUUGAGCUGUGAAUGUUGUACGUAAGUCUGAGGUUAUCAUAAAUUACUUAAGUUUUAAAAGAGGAAAAUCAUGACUGAGCUAUUAAAAAAGCCUGCCUGUAAUUUAUCGUUAUUUAUUAUUUAUAAUUGUCUCAAAAUGCCUGUGGUGAUAGAUUUUUUUCUUAAUGUUGAGCUGUCAUGGUUGGAUUGUCUGUAUUUAAUAUGCAAAUUUUCCUGCUAGGCUCAUCAUCCAUUCUUAAAUGAUUGUAAGAAUCAAAAACCACUGCAUUUGUAUCUUUUGAAGGCAAAGAUCAUUGAAUUUUAAAGGAAGAUGAUGUGCUUUGAAGGUACUCACGGACUGGCACUGUUGUAUGGCCUGAAGGGAGACCUAGUCUCUUUCAGUUAUAGGAGAGUAUCACUUAGCUCGCAGUAGUUCUGUUACAGCAUCAGACGUGUUCUUUCUCUUAACGUGUGGUAACUGCCGUGGUGGCCAUUCAUGGCUUGCUUUCUUGUAUUGCUUUUAUCUGUGCAAAGUCCAUAGUCCUUCAAACCUAACAAACGUGUUUAUUAUGAAGAUUGUCCCCUGGUAUGCCAUUUUAAAGAAAAAUUACUCUGAUGGUAUUCAGUGUAUUGAUUUGUCUAAGAACCACGUUAAGCUGUUUCCGCCUGUAAGAAGAGAUGGUUUCAUCUUGUAGAAUAUUUAUCCACCUUCACUCUACUGUCUUCUUUGCCUCAAAGGGACACUUUUGGCCAUCAUUUUUGGGCUCUAAUUUAGGACUGUUAAGAAAUAACCUUUAAAAUGUAAUGUUAGUUAAAUUCAUUUUUGAAAUUGUAGUAAUUCGGGGGUAGGGGGUAGAAUUGGGGCAGGAGAAUGAAACUGUCCAGGUGGUAUGAGACCUAGGACAGAAGAUGAUUUGCUUUAGUGUUUAAACCAAUGUUCGUUUUUACUGUUUAAAUCGACUAGUUUGUGCAGGGAUUGUUCUGAAGUAAAUAAAAGAUACGCUGAUUCUCAGACGACCUUUGCUGACAGUACCCCUUUAUUUUUAUAUGAAGUCUAAUAUUUGAACAGUGAUCAUUGUUAUAAAGGAAAAUACUUUCUUCCUAUUCUAAUAUUAUAUCACAUAUUUCAGGCUUCUAUUUGAAAACGAGUAUAAGAGCUGAUAUGAGAAAAUCCUAUAGAUACUGUUUUUGCUUGACUGACAUAUAAUCACUGUUUCAAUAACUGCUUUUGGAAUAAUAGAAAGUUUUAUGAAAUGCUGGCCUUAUGUAUAUCUUAGAAUGCAAAUUUAAUAAAGUAUGUAUACAUGCAUAAAAUUUUGUAAAUUUUUUAAAAUUCUCUUUUAUUCUUACUGAUAAUUAUUUUCUGCUUCCAUAUCCCAAUGUUUCAUGCUCUGUGUCUAAUUGCAGGUCAAGUUUUGAAUAAAAGAAUAUCAGGAACAUAAAAGAACUAAUAGCU